GUUUCCGAGCACAACGCGAUCCAUGGCAGACAAGAAGGCGGCGGGGGUCGUGGUCAAAUGCGACGAAGUGUCCAAGAACCAGAUAUGGCGCGAGCAUCUCAAGAAGGAGCUGCUCAUGGAAGGUCCAUCCACACCAUUCCAGUUCAACCCCAAAACAUUGAGUUCCGUGACCCCAAAGCCGACAAUGAUGAAGCCAUCGGACUUUAGCCGGACGGACCCCGUCGGCUCGACCUCGAACGAAGUGGCGGAAAAGGUCAAGCAAAACGUGAAAAAGCCCCAGGAAAUCUCGGCCGUGCCCAUGACCGAAGCGCAGAAAGUCGGUUGGGCCCACGACCAAGCGUGGAAGAACGGCCGAGGCGCCGUGAGCAAGCGGUGGUACCGGGGUCGUGGCAGUACCGACGUGACGGAAUUCGCAGAAAACUACUGCACCAUGGCCGGGUGCAGUCCCUUUGCAGACAAAUCCACUCGCUAACACUUAUAAUUCAUACGUAGUAAUACUAAUAGUAGUUACUACUCGAUAUAUGACAAACUAGUUGGAAUUCGUGUAAUCCAUCGGGCCAGACGAGACAGACGGAGGGGGAAUGUUGAUCGAAGCGGAUUGGUUCAUGAGCGCUUGGAGUUGGGUGGCGCUCGGUGUCUUGACCAGUUGGGGCAGCAUGCUCAGCGUCGGCAAUGCGUCCGGCUCGACCCCCGACAGCUGGGCCUGGUCAUCGAAUGCCGCCAGUUGGUUCUUGAGGUCUUCAAUGUGCUGCAAAAUCCCUCGUCGGUGGCCUACAUACCGAUAUUCGAGUGUUGAGAAUAUAUAUAUAUAUAUAUAUAGAUUAGACCUUUGUUGACAUUCAUUUUCAAGUGUUGAGAAUAUAUAUAUAUAGAUAGAUUGCACCUUUUUUGACAUUCAUUUCAAUGAGAUCGCCUUCGUCGAUGGUGGCCACGCCGCGGAGCGUGUCGAAGCCGUCCUUUUCAAACGACUCGGUGUAUUCGCCCAAUUCCAACUGUUUCAACCAGUUGCGCACUGACAUGAUGUCUAUGUACAUAUGUCGUUGUGCAUGUCGUAAUCCUG